AUGAUGGAUCCUUUGUGCCUCCAAAAGUAUCGCAAGAAGUCAUUCCAAGUUGAUCCCAAGAGUUUGAGCGAUACUCGGCUUUUGGCAAACAACAAUGUUUAUCUGUUCCAUCAAGAUGAAAGGAAAUCUGUUGUCGCUCAUAUGCAGAUCCAUGAUGAAGACGGUUAUGGUGAACGCGGACAAAGAAUCAUCAAACAAGUCAAGGUUGAUUUGGGUAUUGAGCAGGGUAUAUCACCCAUCAGUCCUAACACCAUCGCCUGGUGCCACGAAGUCUCACGUAGUAGGCACGCUGACUAUGCGGAUAUUCAACGUACCACAUCGAGCAUGCUUGUCAGUGCUGCGGAGUCAAGGAGCCAGGGUGAACUAAUUGCUGCCAACGUAUUACAUCACCUCGGCAUCAACUUUGCGAACCAAGUCAUGGAUAUAUCGAUGGAAGACACCUAUGUUCACGGGGUGGUCGGUGUCUUAUUGGAAGCAGUUUUCCAAUCAAUGAAUCGAACAAACAUGCCGGUGAUUAUAGUGGGAUUAGCAUUAAUCGAGUGCAUGAAAAUUUAG